UGUGCGGCGGCGGCAAGAUGGCGGCGCACGGGGGCUCUGCGGCCUCCUCGGCGCUGAAGGGGUUAAUCCAGCAGUUCACCGCCAUCACGGGUGCCAGUGAAAGUGUGGGAAAGCAUAUGCUUGAAGCAUGCAACAAUAAUCUGGAGAUGGCUGUCACCAUGUUUCUGGAUGGCGGAGGCAUAGCAGAGGAGCCUAGCACCAGUUCUGCAGGGGUGUCUGCUGUUCGACCACACACUGAGGAUGAAGUACGAGCUCCAAUUCCUCAAAAACAGGAAAUUUUAGUAGAGCCUGAGCCCUUGUUUGGAGCUCCUAAAAGACGCAGACCUGCGCGCUCAAUAUUUGAUGGCUUUCGGGAUUUUCAGACAGAAACCAUUCGACAGGAGCAGGAGCUACGAAACGGAGGGGCAGUAGAUAAGAAACUCACUACUCUAGCAGAUCUCUUCAGACCUCCCAUUGAUCUGAUGCACAAAGGCAGCUUUGAAACGGCCAAGGAGUGUGGUCAAAUGCAGAACAAGUGGCUCAUGAUAAACAUUCAAAAUGUGCAAGAUUUUGCCUGUCAGUGUCUCAACCGUGAUGUUUGGAGCAAUGAGGCUGUGAAGAACAUAAUCCGGGAGCAUUUCAUUUUUUGGCAGGUAUACCAUGACAGUGAGGAAGGACAGAGGUACAUACAGUUUUAUAAAUUAGCAGACUUCCCUUAUGUUUCCAUCCUGGAUCCCAGGACAGGUCAGAAACUAGUGGAGUGGCACCAGCUAGAUGUGACUUCUUUCUUGGACCAAGUGACUGGGUUCCUGAGUGAACAUGGGCAGCUGGAUGGCCAUUCUACUAGCCCUCCUGAAAAAUGUUCUCGUUCAGAGAGUCUCAUUGAUGCCAGUGAGGACAGCCAGUUGGAAGCUGCUAUCAGAGCCUCAUUACAGGAGACACAUUUUGAUUCCACACAGGCCAAGCAGGAGAGUCGGUCAGAUGAAGAGUCGGAGUCAGAGAUUUUCUCUGGAAGUGAGGAGUUUAUUUCAGUUUGUGGAUCCGAGGAGGAGGAGGAAUCAGAGAAUCCUGCCAAGUUGAGGAAGUCUCCACACAAGGACUUGGGGUAUAAAAAAGAGGAGAGCCGAAGGCCUCAGCCUGAACCCCCUGCAAGGACUGAGCCUGGGACAACAUCAAAUCACAGAGUACUGCCUUGCAUUGAUGCAGGGGUACUGGAGGAGUCAACUGACAAGCCUGAAAGUACGUUCCAGGGCCUAGACGUAAAUGGACCAAAGGCACAGCUGAUGCUAAGGUACCCAGAUGGAAAGAGGGAACAGAUUUCACUGCCUGAACAAGCUAAACUUCUGGCUCUUGUGAAACAUGUCCAGUCAAAAGGAUACCCCAAUGAACGCUUUGAACUUCUCACCAACUUCCCUCGAAGGAAACUCUCCCACCUGGACUAUGAGAUCACAUUACAGGAAGCAGGCCUGUGUCCUCAAGAGACUGUCUUUGUGCAGGAAAGGAAUUAGCACCAUGGCCUGAGUUCUCCCAGCCUUCCUUCCCUCUCCUCUUUGCCUGGGACACCAACUCAUUAAGUAUGCAGUCAUGGGAUUGCAGUGCUGAAAUCAGGCAGGCAGCUGGCUCGCCAUUCUCUCUCUUCUUCCCUUCUCCUGCUCUAGUGACCAAAUGAGAGUGUUCAGAGUUUUAUUUUCUUCCUUCAGCUUAGGCCCUGCAAAGAGCAUUGGAAAAAACAUCUUUCCUUUGAUUUCAUGGAAUUAAGUAAAGCGAUGAUCUAUGUAUCUGGUAUGUUGGGGCUUGGAGAGGCCACAGUACACAUGCCCUUCUCGCUGCUAUUUUUAAAUCUGUUUUGUUUAAUUUAUUUUUUUCAAAUAGUGUGUGAUAAGGCACUGAGUUAUCUUUCUGUAAGGAGAGUGUGAUCUUCAGUACAGUCUUUCCUUUGUUUUGAUGCUCUACACAAAAGGUCUCCAUUAACCUCACAGCCUUCUUAAGGAUUAACUUACAUAGUGCUCUGUGAAAACUUGGUGUUGGGGGAAGGAGUAAGUUUGACCUAUGGUGAGAUAUUCUGCACCUGCCUAGUUUAAAGGCUUCUAGAUGGCAUGCACGUUUUCCUCAUGCUUUCAAUGUUGCCAGUGGACAUAGCAAAAAAACCAUCCAGCCCCCUAAAACGCAACUGUACUCAAUAUGGGAUUGACUGCUUAACCCUGAGGGAAAGCUUCAUAUUCACUGUUGCAGCAGAACUGACUCCUUGGUAGAAGUCAUUGGAGUUUACAUUUGUUCUUUUCCCAGCAUCCCCCAGGUGUCUUCUUUUUACUUGCUCUCAGGAUUUUCCAAAUUACAAUAGAAGGUGGCAAAAUACUGUAAAGAUUUUGGAGUCUCUGGAAAAUACCUGACCUAAAAACUUGGCAGUUAGUUGACUUUUUGAUGUCAUGGUAUUUUGUUUUCCCCAGGAGUGACUGGUAUUGCAGGGGUUUUAGAGCACUGGUAGCAGUUGAGCAGGACAGCAAGUCCUAGGCAGGUUUCCUUCAUUAAUUUAACAGCUUUGUCAGACUGUGGAAGGAAUUAAUGCUUUGUAAAAGACUUGCAGCCCGGUGGCCUGAAGGCUCUGGGCUGCUUUUUAUUCUGUUUCAUGUUCAUCUGCCGUCUAAAUCCAGAAGGCUGUAUGGAAAGCUACUCCUUUAGGCUUUCUUUUGAGCUCUGGAAGCUGGCACCACAAGUCAUGCAGGCAUACCACUGAGCCACUAAGCCCUGUUUUUCUGGUGUCUUCUCUAGACCUAGAGCUGUUGAUCAGUUGAUGUUAUAGUAGGUGUUACAAUGGGAUAAAAACUAACACAGUCACCCUCAAGGUGGAUGUCAAAUUAGUGUAUUUACAACUAAAAUAUCAGUUUAUUGUCCCCUUAAUCAAUGAGGGGAAAGAGUAAAGUGAGCCCUACCAGAACUGCUAACUUUUUCUGCAAUUGCAAUUUUCUGCAAUACUUACUUUCAAAAACCCAAACCUUUAGUGAUCAGGAACUUACCAUAGACUCAAAACUUUUCAAGAUACUUUGCCUUUAAUUUCAUUUGCUAGUUUUAGUCUUUAAGUGUAGGAAAUCACAGAAAAUGUCUUGCAUUCCCAUGAUCGUAUUAGCUUACAACUGUCUUUUGCUCACAAUUGAGGCUUUACAUAUAAUUGUACAAUUGUAUAAAUUUAUUUACUUUCUACAUGAAAAAUUAUUUUGCAUUCUCUGCAAAAUGCAGUGUGAUGAAAGCAAAUUGGGAUUGCAGUUUCCUAAUCAACGGUUGAUGUGGUGUCAGAGCUCACUUCUGAUUUGUGAAGAGCCCCUGUCAUGGAGGCUGCUUCCCAGCAUUGGCAAGUGAAUUGCAAGGCCAGCAGAGGAGAUGGGGUUGUUGGCAGGCUGCCAACAGGACACAGAACCCAGCAUGUGUAUAGUCCCUUCAUGUCCCUCAGGCCAGCUGGGAGGGGAGCAGAUUGACCUUUCCUGCUCUCCUUCCUGUGCCUACUAGUGUAAGGCAGGGUGCCUUUGUGGUUCCACUCAUUCUUUUUGGAGUUGUUGCUGGUUGGCUGUGUUUACUGGUGGAGGGCCAACUCAUUUUGGACAGCCUUGGCUUUGUAUCACUCUGGAAACAUUGUUCCACAUCAGCUUUUAUAGCAGUUAAGUUAAACCUUCAGAAUUGACCCUCUUUGCAGUCACAGACCUGUUUUAUUGGUAGCUUCUCCCGUCCUGUAUUUCCGUGUUUGUAGGUGGGGCUAGGUUGUGGUUGAAGCAAUCCAAUACAAAAUAUUUAAUGUGGCUGAAAACAUUAACCAGGUUCUGCCUGUAGCAGCUUGUAGCAUUGAAGCUGUAAGCUACUUGGGCUCUAUUUGUGAAGAGCCUUUGUUACAGUUGCUUCUAGAUGUUAAAUCUCAAAGUCAAAUUGCUUUUGACAAGGCUGGAAAAAAUGGCUUAGAUCUCUUGAUUGCAAAAUUAGAUGCUGAAAUAUAAAGGAUGAAGGAAAAAGAUUCUUCAAAGACUGUGGUUAAUGGCUUCCUGUGGGUGUUGGCUUGACCAUAAUUUGUGUGUUGUGUUGCAAGGACUGCCAUGAGUUUGAAGGAGCAGAAGGGCAUCUAAAAAGUGGAAUUCCUUCUAGGUAGAGAACUAAAUGUGUUUCAAGCUGUAGCUUCUUGGUGCUUGCAAAGUUUCCUUUGCAUGUGCUCUUCAUCAAGCAAUGCUGUGUUUUGACAUUUACUGUCUCAGUGCAGCUAAGAGUCACAGUCACAACCAGUAUUUGGAAACAGAAGGCAAAUUGAAUGCUGGUUUUCCCUGCCAGCUACUGUUGACACAUUUACAAUUGGCUUCCCCCUAGUGAUCCUUCAGAGCUCCAAGAAUUUUGGGUCUUCCUGAUGAUAACAUGCUCUAAGUCAGGCUGAUUGACCAGCUUCAACCUCACAGCAUUCCUUACCAACAUAAGAAAGGGCAGAUAAAGGCCAUACCAAACAUUUCUGGGCAUAUUUGUGUUCUUUUCAUUAGGCUUUUUUGUUCAGGUCUGCAAUUUUUACACUUCUGACAUUCAUGGACUGAAGUAAGUUACCCUUCUUCAUAAAUCAAGUAAGUUGCCAAUACCAAUAUUAAAGGAAUAUCCAUGUAUGUGCAUAAUAGCCUUGUAAAAUGUAGUUGUCUAUAAGGUACCAUUGUUCUGAAGGAGAUUUAAGCAGCAGUUUUACAUCAGCAUAUUUUCUGGACCCCACUGGAUCUCCUGCCUUGCUUUUACAAAAGAAUAACGCGUCUCAUCUGCAGAAGACAUCCGUUGUUCACUGCUGCAAACUCCUUGCAUUUCUCACGGUCCACUACUUUCAAAGCUGAGUUUUUUAAGGGCUACCAAAUUCAUACAUGUGUUUACACCAGCUUAUACUAGCUUCCACUUCUGGUGGUACUCUGGUUUGUUCCCUGAAAAAGACUGGCACCUGGUUUUAGUACAUGUUUUAAUAACAACCUCACUGCUGAAAGGCCUAAUUUCUCUCAUGUCUCUUCUUGCUGGAGCACCGAGCUGCUUCACAGGAACUCAGAAGCAGCAAAGCCCAAAGUAAAAGCAAGGCUUCACUUGGGCUGCGUUUUGUCAGGUACCAAACACAUAAAAUGUGGUGCUUGUGGUUGUUAUUCUAAACCACAUAGAAAUGCAUAGCAGAGACCUGUGUGGGAAUGUCCACAUGAAUGGGAAGACCCAUGUAAUUUCAGGAGCUUAUCGGUUAAUUUUUGUCCCUUCUUAGUUUCUAGUAAAUGACACUACUUUCUUCUUUUUUACACAUUUUUAGUGGCAUUAGUAAAAAAUAGGUGGUGCUAUAUUCCAAGAGGGGAAGGGAUAGGAGAGAUGUGCUUUAGAUGGGUGAAAUGCAAGGUCUCAGCUCCUUGCAGACUGAGUGUGCCUUUUCUAGGUGUUCUAAUAGAUCUGAAGAUGCAGCCCUUCCUUUAUUUAACAAACUAUUUUCUGUAAAUGGAACAACACCUACUGUUCUAAAGGCAAACCAAAACUGUUUUGAGCCCUCCAUUGGUCAUCUGCAUCGUUGGAAAUGGCCACAGGCGCGUGUUUGGAGAUAACCUGAUCAUGCUUGUGGAGGUCUGUUAGUUGACAUCCUGCAGAGACAGUCUUGUUGGGGUUUUCUCUGUCCAAGCCCAAGAUCUUACCUCAGUUUGGUGAUACUCUGUCCACCCCCGAACUGGUGAGGUUAAUGGAUACUCUUUCCAUGAUGUACAGGAUGACUUUUUUUUCCUGUCUCCUCUUGUCCAUGAGAUGCUUAGUGUCUGCCCACUCCCAAUAAAUAUAGCCAUAUGUAUAUACAUAUAUAUACACACACGUGUUUUUAUUUGGAGAAUGUGGCACUUAACAUCAGUUCCUCAACUUGACUCAUUCUUACCUUCUGUUGUUUUACAUGGGUAUAUUACGAGUGAUCACAGAAGUUUUGGAUUUGGUCACUGUCUUUAACUACUGUGAGUGUCUGCAGUACAGAGAUCAGUAACUUUGUACCUGCUUGUUAAAUGGUGCUGAGACUUUAAGGUAUAGAAGGAUAGCAGUAAAAGUGCAUGGAGCAGGGGGAUGAGGUGCUAUUUUAUAGAACAGAUUUAUAUGAAGAACAUCUGGGUAAAACACAACUCGGAUGUAGAGUCUCAUCAGACACACUGACCAGAGGAGAGGUGAUUUUUUUAAAUGAGGCUUUCCUCUCAUUGGUGACCAUAGAGUUUGAUAACUCUGAUUUGGCCUGUCAGUUCUUACAGUAGGCACUUUUCUUCUUCAGUGAUGGCAACUUCAUAUGGGAGGAGGGAGAGGAUUAAUUCAGAAGACUUCAGCUCACUGUGCUGGGAGGGACCAAACUCAAGGAAACCUCUGAUCUAUAUACACAACUGCUGCAUUUUUUAUAAAUAUAUGUAAAUGUCCUAUUGUAAUAUUUGAU